AUGUCUUCUUCUGGUCCAAAUUUUGCCUCUCUAUUACCGGCUUUAUUUAGAGAGAACGGUGCUGACAUUGACCUAGAGGCACAGGCCAGCUUGAUAGAUAAAUCUGUGGAAUCCUCGGCGGGCAAUUCGACGAAUGUUCAGUCGAGUUUAGAGACGAGACUGCCUCGUUGUGAAUCUGUGUCCUCCCUUACUAUCCCAAUCGAGAUGCAGUCUGGAAUUCGACCUGGAGACAAAGAGGCAGAUAUGGACAACAAGCCUUCGAUGCCGAAAGAGGCUUUGCCUAUGAACAUGGUCGAAGAAGGCUUUGAAGUCCAGGGGCAGACAGCUUCGGUCAAGAGCGUCCUGGAGACCAUUCCUGAUGGCGACGACGAUGGAGGACAUGAGCCUAAUGCGGAGGUGAGUACUCGGGGAGCCUAUCAACAAUUUGGGACGCUGAUAUAUUCGUCAGAGCAGCAACAAUUACCGUGGAAGCAAGAACCUGAAACAAUUAUCAAGGAUGAAAUGCAAGGGGUGUGGUCAGACUGUGCCAACAAAUUAUGGGGGUACCAGGACGAGAUCAUCAACAGGUGGAAGGACGAAUUGAACAACUUGUUAAUAUUUGCCGGUUUGUUCUCGGCUGUGCUCACGGCAUUCGUGAUCGAAUACUAUCCAACCCUACAGCCAUCGACGACUCCCGACACCACUACACAACUUCUGAUGAUCAUGUCUGCGCAGCUGGAGGUUCUUACUACCGGUGCUCGCCAUGACAACUCAUCUCUUCUAUCCGUGUCUGCGCUUGCCAGUUCGUCCUCAGCAUCGAAACCUUCGUCCCAAGUUGUGGCCGUCAACGGUCUAUGGUUCGCUGCGCUCGUCUUCAGCCUUGGCGCAGCUUCCCUUGCCAUGUCCGUCAAUCAGUGGCUGAACCACCACCGAACGCGACCAUUAAGCAUGUCUCGAGAAAGUGCCGAGAUUUGGUACUUGCGCCAUCGAAGCCUUGACCGAUGGAAGGUUCCGCUCAUCAUCAGUGUUCUCCCUGUCCUCCUGCAAGUCUCGCUGGCUCUAUUCCUCGUCGGAUUGGUCGUACUGUUAUGGCCAUUGAAUACUUCCAUAUCUGCUGUUGUGUGUGUGCUGGUUUCCAUGCUGUUACUGGGCAACAUUGGUUCUGCACUCAUUCCUGCUAUUGUCCCUGAGUGUGCCCACAAGUCCCCGCAGGCAUGGUGGUGGCUCAAGCUGCUAUGUGGUCCUCAGAAAUUGGUUUGUUCCGCUGGUCACAAGUUGACGUAUCGCCUUCUCGUUGGCGGGUGGCCCGAUGGGUCGCAGAAGAUCUCCUUUGGGCAGUGGAGGGCCUACCUUAGACAGCGGAAAGCUCCGCUCAAGCAGUUGGUGGACUUUCUCAAGCAGUGCAAGACCUCUUUUGGACCAGCGGAGGACUGUCCGUCAUAUAAUGUCACUAUAACCUGGCUGCUUGAUAUCUUCAGGGGUCGAAGUAUAGUCGCCCAGGAUCUCUGGAACGCUGGGGAUUGGAGAGCAUGUGAAGUGGUGUCGUUAAAGCGGAGGUCAAGCUCUUUGACACUUCAGGGCCAAGUGCUUGCAGAAGCAUACACAAUGAUCUCGGAUAGGUCUUUCAUCAUUCCCGUGUCCAUGCUUUGUUUCGACACUCGGGACGGCGGAACUGUCCUCAACUCCUUAACUAUACUUUCGAAGCGUAUGCAAUUUGAAGUUUCUCUAGGUCAUAUAUGGGGUGAAUACUAUGCUACACGGGCUAGUGAGGAAGAAAAGCGCCGCGUCAUUGCAAUGCUGGAUCGUCUCAUCGACAUGCUGGUUAUGAUACCCGGCCACGGUCUUGGUGCUGAGCAGCAGUGGAAAGCGGUCAAUGACAACAUAAACGACCUUAUUAUCUCUAUGAAUGAUUGGCGGAUUGCCCAAGAUCGACUUCGAAGGUGGUGGCACAGCAUGCAGGCAAGCACAUGGAAUAAAGCUACGCCCUCUGCAUUUACCUAUGUGUCGAGGACUGGCUUCGCUUUCGAGACUGAGCUUGAUAGUACUGAUCUGGAAUUUUUACUAUCGGCAUUUUUGUCUUUCCAGAAAGGAGACUUCGACAGAUAUGGCCUCCUCCGUUACUCGCAGCGGUUCCUCAACCUCGCGAGGAGGCGCAAAUGGCUUCACCUGGGCUCUAUCCGUGAUGACCUGCGAAGGCUUGUGGCGAUUGUCUAUGACGACCUGAAUACGGCUGUUUUACUGUCGCAAACCUCAAGCACCAACAUAUUAAUUAUCUCGGAGGAGUACCGCUUCGCUGAAUUUACAGCUGAAUGUACACAUCAUUUCAAGGAGAAAUCUGGAAUAUUCGAUGUCACUGGCGACAUGCUCGCAUUCUUCGUAGAUUUGGCGUGCACCUGUAACAUAUUUUAUUGGGAUUAUUAUAUGAAGGAGGUGGGCAAGAUGCGAGAGCAUGUCGACCUCCCCAAGGAGACUCUCCAUGAUAUAGACACCUUGCUAUCCUCGUCACCGGACCAGAAAUCUGCCAUCAAGGAGAGAGCCCGUGCCAGGCUCCGUGCCUCAUGCGUUCCUCCGGCUGACAUUAUAUACGUCGAAAACGGUGAAGCUUCCAAUUCUUGA